GGCGGGGACGGUGAUGAUGAUGGCGGUGAUGGAGGAGGAGGAAGCGGCGGGAGGCGGCGGCGCGGGGCCGGGCUGCGGCUGCAAGGGGAUCCGCUCCUGCCUGCUUUGCGAGGGGCCCGCGCAGGCCGCUCCGCCCCCGCAGGGAGAAGAUAAUUUCACUUACUGUCCAGCAACAGGUUUAGCUAAAGGAAAUGAGCACUCAGAAUUUGCUGGCUGGGCAUUUCCAUUUCCAGGGGUGUUUUUGACAGAGGAGUUCAUUAGUGAAGAAGAAGAAUCGGAGAUGGUUGAACUGAUGGACCAAGAUGAAUGGAAGCCAUCGCAGUCUGGCCGAAAGAAACAGGACUAUGGACCCAAAGUGAACUUCAAGAAACAGAGGUUGAAAGCUGGUAGCUUUACCGGUUUGCCAAGUUUUAGUAAAAAAAUUGUGACACAAAUGAAGGCUUGCUCUGUACUAGGUGGUUUCUUACCUGUUGAACAAUGUAAUCUGGACUACAGGCCAGAAAGAGGUUCUGCCAUCGACCCACAUUUUGAUGACUGGUGGCUUUGGGGAGAGCGUCUGGUUAGCUUAAACUUGCUCUCAAAAACCGUGCUCUCCAUGUCUUGUGAUUCAGAGGACAGCAUCCAAUUAUUUCCCACUUUCAGUAAAGAAAACGGGGAAUUAAGUCCCCCUGGAUCUCUUACAGAGACGUCAGCCUGCAAAAGUUCAAGCAAACAGGGAACCGACUACAUUUUAUCCCCAAGGCUUGUUCCAAGUAAAGAGGUGACCGUUGCCAUUCACUUCCCCAGAAGGUCUCUGGUGGUACUGUACGGUGACGCACGUUACAAGUGGAAACAUGCGAUUUACCGCAAGCAUAUAGAGCACCGGCGAAUCUGUGUCACGUUCAGGGAGCUGUCUGCGGAGUUCAGCGCUGGAGGAAGGCAUGAGGAACUGGGUAAAGAACUGCUAGAAAUAGCUCUUUCGUUUCAAGGAACACCAGUGUGAUCAGCAAGGGGAGGCUAGAAUUGCGUCUUGUUAGGAAAUUUGGUUCGAAAAAUAAAGUACGGUAUUUUUACAAUUUGA